UAUAAAUGUUUUUAAUUUUAAGCAUAGACACCUUUUGUUUGCCAUAAAAAAUAAAUUUUAUUUUUUAAAAAAAAAUUCAAACAUUUUAAUUUCAAAAAAUUUUCAUUUCCUACUAAAGAAAAUAUUUUUGUAACAAGAUGGAAUCAUUUAAAAAUAUGUUCGUAAAUUUUGGCUACGCUUUCAAGCUAACCCAGACAACUCUAUUAUUACUAUUCUUGAUUCAAUAUUCAUUUUGUCGGAACUGGGUCCACCCAGACCUCUCUAUUGAGGACAAAAAAUUGCACCCCUCGAAAUCAAAUCCUAUAUCAAUGAAUGCUCAUUUCUUAUCACAAAAGGGGGAAGAACAAACGAAUCAGGUAGAUUACCCUCAAAAUUUAUCGAAAAUAGACGGCACUUCUCAACAUUCCCAAUUAACGCUGAAAAAUUCGAAAGAAGGUGCAAGGAUUCCAAACAAUAAUGAAGUUAAAAAACUAAGAACUAGACGUGAAGUGGGGUUGAAUAAGCGAGCGACUGAUCUUGUGUGCAUUAUAAACGCAGGUGCGGCUCACAGCUGUGAUCAUAGGGAGUUUGCUGAAGCCAUGAGGAGAUACAAAUAUAUAACUGCCGUACAAGGGCCAGGUAAAAGGGCUUUCCAAAUAAGCGAUAAUAACGAAGAUAAUAAUGUAGAUUUAUUUGGCAGAGGAAGACUAAAAUUGGUAGCCAUCAGACCUUUUGGAUACGAGACGGAUUCUCUAGGUUCUAACAGUGGUCUUGUUUUGGAAUUCGUUACCAGCUAAAAACUAAAAAUAACCAAAAAAUAUUUUAUGUUACGUCAAUUUUCAUAAUCAGUCGAUAGGCAUACUGACUGAUUAAUAUUUUAACUCAUUUUUGUAUUGUUAAUAUAUAGAUUAAGAUAGGUAUAUUCUACACAUACUAGAAAAAAUAGUUUGCAAAUUUACAUUUUCAAAUUUAAGAAAAAACGCCCUUAAUAAAAUUUUUCUGCUAUUUACCAACUUUAAUUAAUUUAUUUUAGGGUGUUUAUAUAAGUUUAAUUUUAAACCAGCGCCAUUCUUAAAACGUUUAUAGAUAGAGACGCCGAAAGGUGGUACACAUGACACAAUUUCAGCAAAUCUUAAUUUGUGCCUUAUGGCUUUAGCAUAGUAUAGAAUAUCUACCUUACACAUAUACAACCGACAAUGUUUUAAUAAUAUUAAAGCAACAUGCAUAUCGACUCAUUACGGGAAUGGAAUGUAACAUAAAAUAUAUUUUGAUUUAAUUUAAUAUUUAUAAAUUUGUAAAAUUUUUCGUUUAUAUUUUUGUAAUGAUUUUAUUUUUACAUUUCUUUCGCUAUUUACAUUUAGGGCACCCUAUAACUAAAUCUAUGAAAUAUGUUUGU